AGUGUCCAAGUUCCACAGGAGAGCUAUAUCAGAGCUGUAUCAGAUGGGCCCAUGUUCUCAAGGGGAUCAGGAGGGAGUCUGGAGGCGCCUGGGAUGCUUCUGGCCAUCUGGGAACAGCGCCACCAAUCUCCUCAAACACUAUUCUAAUUACAGCCUAGGCACUGUUUACACUCCUCCAGGAAUAUGAAAUUGUAAUGAUUACAGAGCAGAUUUAGGUCUAAGAAACCUCUCUGCUUCCAACACUGAACUGAGGAGCAUCUCAUUUGCCUCUGCAACCUCUGCGUCUCCUCUGCUCUUUCCACAGGUCGAGAUUAAGACUUCAUGAAUGACAUGACUGACAUGAAUGACAGACAGGAGGAUGAGUAUGAAUAUGAAUACUCAGAGUUUGGAUGGAUCAGAAGGCUCAAAGCCCCAGCUGUCUCAUGUGCCCCACUUUCAGAGAGUGAGCCCAACAGUGUGAUUGUAGGCUUAAUCACAACAAUGACUGGAGGUCAUCUGGACACCAGCAGGGCUGACCCAACAGCCCAGGACAUGUGCCUUAUCCAGGCACAGUCCACUUUAACUCCUCUGACUGAGAGGAAAGCCAGCAGUGACAUUGAUCAGAUUGAGGACAGUGACGUCUGUGCUGGCCCUCUCACAGACCCAGGCGUGGAGCCCUGCUGGCCUCCUGUAGACUGUAGCAUUAUGUCCAUCAGUCCAACCCCCGACACUAACAGCUCUCAUUUGGCCACUAGUAUACGGGCCAGAUGCCUGAAUUCCUUUUUAGGAGAUUUAGACAUUUGCAAUGAUCCCACCAUCUCUCCAACAGACUCUAGCUACUCUAGUUUGGACACUAGUAUGUCUUCAUUGCCAAGUGGCAGGGAGUUAAAUUCCCCCGUAGAAGGCUGCACUUUCAUCAGUCGACAGGUAGAGAUGUGCAAAGAUCCUGCCAGCCCUUCCAGUGACACUGGCAUAGUCUUCACUACCCUUGCCAUAGAGGGUAGCAUGGACCAGCUCAACCCACUUUUAGAAAGCACAGUGGACCCAUUCACCCUCUCUGUACCCAGGAACCAGGAGCCAGUCACUUCUCCCACUGACACUAACAUGGCUCUUUAUUCUCUUCCUAGUAGCCCACCUGUACACAGCUCUACAGAUCACAUCACCCCCAACACAAACAGUACCAUGAACCUUUUGAGUAAUCUUGAGGCCUGCAGUAUGCAUCCCACAUCUAGCAGUGCAAUCGACCUAAUGCCUGAGACCAGAACGGACUUUGUAUGUGAUGCACAAUACCUAGAAACAGACCCUCAUCUCACUGACACACAAGAGGAGACUGGGGAGGGUGUCAUAGAGAAGUGCAUGAACUGUGACUCUCUUGAAUUGACACAGAUGACUAAUGUGGUGGUUGAGGAGCCUCCAUUUCAAUGUGCUCCUGAUGGAGAAGAGGUCAGAGGUGCAUGUGAGGCAGAGAGAUGGACACAGAUAGAUAGUGGCAGUACAGAAGAAGAUAGCCAACUCGGACAUUUUGAAACACAAGCCUUAGGUCAGCCUUCAGAGACUCUGACGACAGAGGAACCUCAGGGUUUCCAGGAAGGUAACACUGAGGGAGGCUGUAUGCUUAGUGGGGACUCUAACACAUACACUGUAUCACAGUAUCUUAAGGAGUCAUUAACAGCGGACCAUAGACUUAGCCAUGACUGUGAGGAUGAGGCUUUAGGUUACUGUGACAAACAUCUUCUGAUGCAGACUGCUGAGAAUUUCACCACGAAAGCUGCUGAGAUUAGCUCUGAAGAUGAAACGGUGGAGGCUUGUAUUACUGAUGGAGCCUUUGUCACCCAUCCCUUGACCCAUAACUUCCAGAAUCCAGCGACAGACAGCCACUUGCUAAGUGACAGUGGUAAGUGGGAUCAGUCAGAGACAGGUCAGAGGCAGGCAGCUGUUGCCCUGGGAGACUUAGCCGAUGUCUCCGCAGGAAAAGAAGGAGUUGGUUUCAAGUCGGAGGACUCUGAUUCGCCUCAUGAGUUGUGGCUGGAUGCUUGCCAGUUCCUGGCAGGUGAGGAGAAUGAGGAGUCUAUUUUGGACGAGUGGGGGCAUUCUCCCACCAGGAGGAGCUCUGGUGCAUCAACACACAACACAAAGGAGUCCGGUUCCCCGAGGGGAGCGACCACUAGCAGGUCAAUCAGUGACUCUGCUUUCUGGAGGCCACCUGUCGAGAGAUGGUCGUCCACGGACAGCUGGGUCAGUGCGCUCUCGGACUGGGCUCCCGCUCUGUCUGCCCAUCCAGAGGAUCCGUUCAGCGGUGAGAGGCAGCCAGAGGCCAGCAUGGCGAUCCAGGACCAGGCAGUGGAGCAAAGCCCAGAUGGAUCAGCUCACAGGGGACAGGUGCUCACUACCCUCCCACAAAAUCUGUUGGUUCUGGAUGGACAUCACUCAGCUAAGGUCAGAACGGAAACACAGGCCGACCCCAGAGGACUGACAUCAGACCCCUUAACAUGCUGCCGCCUUCCACCGCCCUCACAGAUAGGAACGGCUCUGCCCAGUGACAUGGGGGCUUCCUGUGACACACUCUCGGUGGGUGACUCUUGUAUACACCCAUCUGACUUUCCCGCUGACAUGCUUUAUGGGGACGGCUAUAGGAUUCAGACAGACCAUUUUGCGGAGUUAUACCACCAGGUACCACCUUCCUUACAGCUUGCAUAUGAAAGCGGUGGACAACAAUAUGUAAAGGCAGAGCCCACCGCUCUGUGGGAGGUGAACAAAGACAGCAAGUCCCUGCCCGUCUUGAGCAUUGAGGAGGAAGGUGAACGGAGUUAUGGCUCGCUGAACAUCUCCGAUUACUCCAGCCGAGCAGUUCCUACAGUCAGGCUUGAAGGAGGGCACAGUGUGUACACAACACGCUCGGCCACAGACACAGGACCCUUGACCUGCAGUUCGGACCAGACAGGUUCACCGGGGUGUGGAUCUCAACUACAGAGGGAGAAGAGCGGAUUUCCACAGUUUAUUAUGCCCUUAGCCCCUCUCUGCCACUCUAGCCUCGGCAACACUCUCCAGACACCCAUUAACUGCUCUUUGCCAGGGGACCACCUUGGUGCCAGGGGCCUGCCAGAGGAGCCUCACACUUGGAUAAACUCACAUGGCAGCAUCCUUGCCUCUCUCCUUCCUCCAUACGCUCGGAAUCAUUUGAAGUCCCAUCUAAAGCUUCCCACUGCCAAGAAGCCUGGCGAACAUGUGACGUGUGAGCUCAGAAGUCCCUCUGACACCACAGACACAUCCACCAGUCGUGAGUCCUCCUCUCCCGCAUACGCGUCCUCUUCUUCUGACGAGCAAGCUGCUCUGACUGAUUUGUGUUCUGACAAGUGCGCUGACCAAGAGUCCUUGCGUAAGGCGAGUGACCUUAGCAAAGAAUGUACUAAGCUGCUCAUAGCGACAGGUGAACGCUUUGCGGUUUCGGAGCAGGACCGCGUGGCCUGCCUCACUCUUGACACAAACUACAGUCCAUAUCUCCCUCAGUGUGUUGUAAGACACGACCCUUUAAAUACGGCCAAACCGAAGAGUGAGAUAGAACAAAUACAGAGCGCCGCAAUGUCUCACAAGACCUCCAAGGCUGCUGAGGGCAAAGGCCGCUUCAGGCACAAGGACAAGUCAGGAGGCCAUCACUCGACAGCACACGUCUCCAAGAAACAAGAGAACGUUCAUCCCAAGUUUCAAAGCAGCUCCUCGUUAGCCGAUGCCAGUUGUGAGGAUGGAACGGUGACUGUAAUUGAGACCAUAGUCAUCACAGAGAAAAUCACCCCCAAAGCCCAGGGGAAGAGAAAGAAGAAACACCAUCAGGCUGUGGCAACAGGAAAAACAGAAGCAGUGCCACUGGCUGAGGUUGAGAAUGGAGCCAAGCAAAAAACGGCAAGUGAUCAAAUCAGCACUACUGAACCCUCAGUGCGUAUGGACAGUGGAGUCAAACAGAAAACAGUAGGGGCAAAGAACAACACGGACACUUUUGAGACCAGGCUGGCCCAGAGGAACAGCAAAGGCUUGGACAAACCAGUGGCUCAUGCCAAGAAAGAGACUUUGCUUUCUGACAUUUCAGCGGCUCCUAGAUUGUUGGAAGAAAAUGCAGGCAAACCAAAGAGCAAGAAGAAUGACUACAUUAGACAUCCCACUAGGGAAAAGCACGAGGUGCUCCCUGUUGAAUCCAAACUGCAAAGGCUCAAGAGCUCUUUCGAAUGUAAGGAUGGAAAUGUGGUGCAUAAGAAGGCCUACAGUGAUGUGGUCAGAGAGAAGAUACACGCGCCAAAGCUAGGCCCUCAGGUGGUGGAAGGCAUCCAAGCAUUGCCUGUCUUUGGUGAUCCCCAAAGUAUCUCUCUGCGCUGCAAGUUUGGCAACAUCACAGCUAGCUCCACUGUCACCUGGACAAAGGGGGCAGCCAUCUUCUCAGAAAUCCAAAGGAGUGCUGGCGAUGAGAACCAGGUGUGUCUCACCCUGCUAAAUGCCUGCAGCAAGGACCUGGGCAUGUACCGCUGCUCCCUCCGCAAUCCCCAGGGCUCAGUCUCCUCAGACUUCCACCUCACCUCGGAAGGUAGGCAGCAGGUCCUCAUCCAGCAAAUCUCAGCAUGCAUGAGUGAAGAAAGCCCAUCUCAUGAUGCCACUUCUCUCUCGCAUGUCAUUCAUCUCUCUUCUCAUCUCUCCCUCCUCUCCCUCCCAGUUCUCUGUGAACUUGUCAUCUCAUGUCAUAGUAAUGAAGUGGAGCUCACUGAGGUGGCAGGAGAUGAAGAGGAUGUGCAGUGUGCGCCACUGCUCUUCAAGGAUGACUUCCUGUCGGAGCAGUAUUUUGGGGAGCACCAGCCUGCCAGCAUUAUAACGGAGAAGGACCACUUUGGUGAGGGCAUGCACCGCAAGGCCUUCCGGGCCACGCUGAGGGCAGGCAUGGUGUCAGUCUUCACCCCCGGGCACCCCUGUGUCCUGAAGGUGCAUAACGCCGUCAGCAAUGGCACCAAGGACAACGAGGAACUUCUUGAGAGGAACUACAGCCUGGCUACCGAGGAAUGUUAUGUCCAGAAUACGGCCAGAGAGUACAUCAAGGCAUACAACAAUGUGGCCAGAGCAGCUGAGUCGUUUGGAGAAGUUCCAGAAAUCAUUCCCAUCUACCUGGUGCAUCGGCCCUCCAGUGACAUUCCCUAUGCCACGCUGGAGGAGGAGCUGCGGGGAGACUUUGUGAAGUACUCGGUGAAGGACGGCAAAGAGAUCAACCUGAUGAGGAGAGAUUCUGAGGCAGGCCAGAAGUGCUGUGCCUUCCAGCAUUGGGUCUACACCAUCACAGAAGGCAACCUGCUGGUGACUGACAUGCAAGGAGUUGGCAUGAGGCUUACAGAUGUUGGCAUCGCCACCUGCAAGAAAGGGUACAAGGGUUUCAGAGGGAAUUGUGCAACCUCUUUCAUUGACCAGUUCAAAGCCUUGCAUCAGUGCAACCGCUACUGUGAGCUGCUGGGACUGACCUCUCUGCAGCCCAAGCCCAAACGGACAGCUCCGCCGGCCAAGCCCAAGCCCCAGCCCGCACCCAAGAAAAAGACUUUUGCCCCAACACUGAAAGGAAAGUCCUGAUAGAGUGAAAGAUUUGGCCAGUUUAUUUUGCAUUUGUUUUUUGGAGCAAGAAUCAAGCCAUCCUAACACACUGUUAAUCUGCUGAAUUACCAGACUGAAAUUCUGUUGUCAGCUGGCAAGAGAACUGUGCACAUGCCCUUUAAAGAUCUUCACCAGGAAGCAGUGUGUGGCAUUGCAGAACACACAGCAAUGAGCACAUGCAUGUUUUGGUCCAGUCUUGGACUUUGAGAUUGUGUUUCAUUAGACACAUUAGGAUUGUGUCCCACAGGAUUGUGUCACAGAUACUGCCUCCUGUUUUUGACACAAAAGGUUUUCUGUUGAUAAAGAAGAAACUGUAGUUCAGAAAGAUCUGAUACAUUAACAUAAUUUGUGUUCAUUUGAACACCAUAAUCAUAUCUUAUUGUGUCCUGCAUAACAUAUUGAAUUCUUAGUUCUUGUGUCCUGUGUAGAUUCAGAUCACUUGUAAUAUAUUUAUAUAGAACAUUUAUGUUUAUAAAUGCCACUUUUGGUGUUAUUAUUCUGUUUUCUUUAGAAUUAUUUUUCUACCAAGAAGAAAUAAAUUUAUAAGAUUUUCAGAUGAAAUAACAUGAUUAUUUUAUGUAUCUUUGUCAUGACAUGAUUGACAAAAUGUUUUGCAUUUGCUAUUUCUGGUUAUGUACCCAAUAUUUGUUUUGUUUGUGUCUGAAUUAUGAAGUUGUUUAUAUUCUUGUUCAGUUAAACCCCUUGUUUCUGCAAGCACGGUUUGCUUUCAGACAGUCGACAGCUAGUUAUGAGAUGGACAUUAAACUUGACUGUAGACAGUUUUUUGACUUUUGAAGAGUUUGUAGACUAUUUUUACUCAGUGUGGGAGCAUCCUUUUUUACAUAAAUCUGACAUUUUCAGGUAUUUCAUUUUCAGUGUGCAGGCAUGUUACUUGUAUUCUGCAGAGGCAUGCAUGUGUAUCAAAAAGGAAAGUCUAAAAGUAGAGACUUUAAUGUGAAAGGUCUUUCUAGUUGACUUCCUGUAUGUAUAUUUGGCUGCUAUAGAAUGCAGCCCUGCCCCAGCAGUGACUUCAAAAUACAUGACGGCUUUCAAAUGAGCUGUGUGUAGCUCAGAGGAACUGGCUACCAGUGAUUCAACACCAUUUUGCAUACAGUAGCUGUUGCCAGGCUCCUUUUUGACAAAGAAAGAGAGUCUGUUCAUAAACCUGGGCUUUGCCAUGGCCACAGGCUAGAGCAGUGUGUGCAUGUGGUGCUUGAAUGACUCCGGUGGGGGUAGGGAGACUGUUGAAGGUGUAAACAUGAGAGGGGCCACACUCAGUCUGGAAAGCAGGAGAACUCUUCUGAGCGCAGUCAGAAAACAUGCAGUCCCUUUGUUUUAGAGGAAAAAGCUGUGUGAUACCUGUACCUCUGUUGUUUGGCUACUGAUGUAUGUAUUAAAAAAGAAACAUUUUACCAAUUCAGUGUGUUCAUACUUUAUUGAAUAUCAAGACCAAAAACCAUAAUUAAACAACUCUGCAGUAA